AUGGGUUCAGAAGGAGAGGGUAGGACCUUGAGCAGUGAGAAAAGUGAAGGAUUGGAAGGAGCUGGAGGGGAUGGUGGUGAGGAACUAGAGGUGCAAGGGGGAGGACGAGCUGAAGAAGGAGAGGAGAGGGAUGGAAGGCGGAAGUCUUGCAGCGUCGAGGGCAGAGGAAGGUUUGAAAACAAAGGAGGAGAAGAGGGUGCUGGUGCUGGCAGAUUUGGAGAUGGUGGGAGGAGGGUGGUGGAAGAGGUCAUGGGAGGUGAACGAGAGGGAGGGGAGGUUGGGUCUGAGAGGGAAGGGGGUGGAGGAGGAGGCGGAGAGGAUGAUAUGGGUGGUGGAGAUGACGAUGGAGGUUCUCGAGGUCCGAUUGGCGCGUUCAGCAACUCCAUUUUGUUCGGGUGUGUACGGCGUAGAGCGGUGUCGAGCGAUGCCAUGAGCUUUAAGGAAUGA